AUGAGCGAAAGAGACAGAUUGGUCGAUCGUUCGCUUUUUCCGCAGCUUGGAGAGAAAAUCUAUUUUGACAACGCUGGAGCAGCGCUUUAUAAUUCGAAGCAUGUCGAUCGUGUUUCUGAGGCAUUGAAAAAUACUCUUUUAGUAAAUCCGCAUUCUUCAAGCGAUUCGGAGCCCUUCUGCUUUUUGAAAACAAAAGAGAACGCAACAGAAGCAAUCCAACUGACAGGCAGAAUCUUCAAUUUCCAACCUAAUGACAUCUUUUUCUACACCCUCGACAAUCACACUUCUAUCGCUGGCCUUCGAAAAAUGGCGAAGGGAAAUGUUUUCUGCUUCGAAAAUCGCCACAAGACUCAUGUCAUCCAAAGCUCUUCUGAAGAAGAUGGCCGAUUGCUGGUCGCGUACCCAGCUCAAAGUAAUUUCGAUGGCUUUCGAGCUGACUCGCCAGUUGAAACGAUUUCAAUGCACUAUCCCAACGCCACUUCAACCCUUGUUCUUCUCGACAUUGCUUCCUUGGUAUCUUCAUCUCCCGUUCCUUUUGCAACGCACAAGUUUGACUUUGCCCCGUUUUCUUUCUACAAACUCUUUGGGUUACCAACCUCUCUCGGCGGCUUGAUAAUCCGGAAGGAGCAUUUAAAACCGCCAAAUGAUUUCUUCGGCGGCGGAUCUGUCAAAGCGUGGCUCCCGACCGAAGCAAUAACGAUGGAAAAAGAUGGAGUCGAGUCUUGGUCGCUUGAAGUCCACCUAGCGCGGAGAUGCUCCAAGCGUUGA